AUGUCGACCCAACUGUUAGCUGACUUCCCUGAGCUCUCUCACUUAUCACGAGAUGACCUACAAGAACUUCUUGUCGACCCAGUCUACUUCCAAGCUCUGUUUCAUUCACUAAACCAAGUGAAGGCUUUAUACCAGGCCCAGGCAGAGCUGGGAAAUGCUAACGAUACGAUCGCGAAGAACAACCUCACGCUGCAGGAUUCGCUUUACCAACUCAGAAGUGAGACGCAAGAGGCGUUCAAUGAGGCGAAGGACCUUGAGGCGAAGUGGAAAGAAGUAGAGAAGGAACAGAGAGAGGUUUAUCAGCGUUUCACCCCUCAAUUCCUCCUCAUGCGCCUGAGACACGCCACGACUGCGCAAGACGACCUCUCAGAGGCUCGAGCAACCGAGUUCGUACAAGCGUCAUCAGUUGAGCCCAAUGUUGCAAGCGCGAACAGCAAGGACAUCGACGAUUUCGUGCGGGAGUUCAAGGAGCUUAGGAAGGUAUACCACAAGCGCGUCAUGUGGGGUGAUCGCUGGGCAGCAGGGCAAGUUACCUGGAGGGACGAAUAGCGUGAACAUGGCUAUUCGCAUCGCUUGCGAUGGCAGCCUGCAUCAGUGUGCAUUUCCAUUUAUUCUAGCAGGAAUAUCGGAGCCAAGGAUAUUAGUAUAUCUACCCUCCAGUAACAAGACAAUAUAACGCAGCG